AUGAUUGUGAAUGUUGUGUCCGAGAGGGAAUGGUUAGCGAGCGGUAGUGGUAUGGGUGUUGGUGAUGGCAGUGGGUGGGGUGGUAGUUUGGUUGGCACUGGGGGGUUUACUGGCAGUGCUGGCAGUGGUUGGGUUGGGCCUCGUGGUGGGUUGGUUGGCACUGGUGGGUUGGUUGGCACUAGUGGGUUCGGCACUAGGCGGUUUGUUGGCAGAGGUGAUUACGGUGUUGGUACGAGUAUGGGAAUGGGAAGAGGGCCUGGUGGUAUGGGAAUUGGAAGAGGGCCUUUUGGUUUUCCUGGGGGUAUGGGAAGAGGGGGUGGUGAUGAUGUAAGUGUAGGUCUAGGUCUAGGUCCUCCUGGGUAUGAGAACGCUCCUCGUCAAGGCUACGAUGCUGCUGCUCGAGCGCCGAUCGGCUUUAAUGCAUUUGCAAGUGGAAAGAAUUCAGGAGGAUCAGGAGGUUCAGGAGGAUCAGGUGGAAAGAACAAUGCUGGUGGGGGUUACUCAGCAGGCGAUUCUGGUUCGUUCCACUAUAACAUUGGUGGUGGGGGUGGCGGUGUUUCAGCUGCUGUUUCGAACGGUCUCUCGACUGCUGCGGCACCUGUUCAGGUCGAGGAAGGUCCUGUUGGGAUGGUUGGAAUGGUGGCAGCUUCGUGUGUGAAGCUAGCUAAUCAACUUUCGUCUGAGGAGAUGCUAGACUCAACAACUGGAUCUUCAAAGAAAUCAGACGCCGCAGCCGUUCCACCGCAGCCGUUCCACCAGAAAGUUGAGCAAGUGACAAAUGUUGAGCAAGUGACAAUUGUAGAUAAGGGAAAAGAGAAAGAAAAAGAGAACGAGCCAGCAAUUACUCCAGUCCCAAGAGAGUGA